GAGGCCCAGGAAGUGACGGCCCGGCCGGUGGUCCUUCUGGAGUCGGUGUAGUUCGCGGCGCCACCUGUGCGGCCUCCGCGUUCCUGGGCGAUGGAGAAUGGAGCGGUGUACGGCCCCACCACUGAGGAGAACCCGGGCCCUGCCAGGGGCGGCCGGAGCGGCCUGGCCGCCUACUUCUCUCUAGGCCGGCUUCGGUUGCAUCGGCGCCUGUUCAAAGUCUUGCAGCUGUUGCUGUCUCUGCUGGCCUUCGUCUGCGAGGAAGUCGUGUCACAAUGCACUUUGUGUGGAGGACUUUACUUUUUUGAAUUUGUGAGCUGCAGUGCCUUUCUCCUGAGUCUCCUCAUUCUGAUUGUGUACUGCACUCCAGUUUAUGACAGAGUCGAUGCUGUCAAAGUCAAGUCAUCGGAUUUCUAUAUUACUUUGGGCACAGGAUGUGUGUUUUUGUUGGCAUCCAUCAUUUUCGUCUCCACACAUGACAGGACCCCAGCUGAGACAGCUGCCACUGUGUUUGGAUUCCUAGCAAGUUUUAUGUUCCUGUUUGACUUUGCCAGUAUGGUCUGGGAGAAACGACAGGAGUCCCAGAUGAGAAAACCUGAGGCUACCAGGAGGACAGAGGCCACUGAACCACUUAAUGCUUAAGGACCUAGGGAAUGGGUGUUGCAUAAGGUAUCAGCUGCGUAAUGCCUGAGCCCUGGCACAAACUCUUGUAGAAUUUAUGUAAUGGUUAAACCACUUCUUUGGGGGAACAAGGGGAAGGGCAGGAAGGCACUUUUGUCGAUAUUGGACUCUGUGUCAGUCACCACAAAUUAGGCCAGAGAACUUGUUGUUUCAAAAAAAAAUGUAUUUAAAUAACAGUUAAAACUUCUGUCAAAUGAAAUGGUUUUGUUUCUGUUUCGGAGGACAGUUGUUUCUUUAAAUCACAUAGCUCAACUGAUGAUCUUUUAUUCUGUCAUUGAAAUACCCAGGCUUUACUGUAUCUCACUCAGCCUUAAAAUUAUAUUGUAACGUUUUAGGAUAAUUAUUAUUAACUCUUUCUGAGACCUUUUCUAGCAUAAUAGAAACUGUAUGGGAGGUGUUGUUGUUUUAUACGUAGAAAAGAAACAAUAUCAGAAACCCUAUGUUUAUACUGCACUUUGUUGUUGAUAAGCGAAAAAAAAAAAA